AUGCCUGACUUUGCGGAUUCAGUUUUCGACGUUUCUAACAUAGUAUUCCAAACGUCGAAGAACUUGAUAUCCAAGUCUUAUGAUCACAUGAGAAACAUCUGGAUUGAUACUACGCCACCUCCUACGCCAGUCCACCACUCGGUGAUUCGUACAUCCAUCAACCAGUUCUCACGCCUAGAUCUGAAAACAGUAUUCCUUGCUACAGUGUUAGGAGGUAUAGGGACUUAUCGGUACCUAAAACAUUCGAAAACCCAACGCAGGGCACGGCUCCUCCCAAAUGGAAGGCGAUUUGAAGCAGUUUUAAUUGUUGGACCCCCUACGUCCGUAGUUGUUCAAAAGCUUGUCAACGAUCUCAAUAGAAGGGGGUAUAUCGUAUAUGUUACAGUGACGAAUGAGCUAGAGGUCAAAGCUAUUGAGAGUGAACGCGAUGCAGAUAUAAAGCCUCUGCUUUUGAAUUACGAUUCUGCUUUGACCAUUAGAACUAGCUUGCUGCGGCUGGCCUCUAUUCUCGAGACACCCGAGCUUACUCAUACUGGAGAUGACUCUGAUUCAUAUUUUCUUCAUUUCAAGGGCGCCUUGAUUAUCGCUGACUAUUUCAAAUAUCCUAAGUACUCAAAGCUUGCUGAAAUUGAGCCCCGUGAUUUCAAUACAAUGAUUCAAAACCAAUUCUUGAAAAUAAAUGCUCUUCUCCAAAAUGGAUUGAUAUCAGCUUUACAAGAAAGUAACAACAGAAGAAAUGAAAUCGAGAAAUUUAACGGUGUGAGCAUUUCGGAAUGCCCUUCGAAACUUAUAUUCGUUAACUUUUUCCCCAUAUCCACUAAAGAGAAAAGGCGGCUGUUUUUGGACUUUACAUUGGACAUCAACAACUUGUUGUUUGAGUAUACUUAUAAAGAGAACCGCAAGAAUUAUUUCGGUAUACCAUAUAUCAUACCUAACAAGAACCCUGAUUACAUCGAUAUCACAAAGCUUCAAGUUAAUUUUUAUCAAGAUGAGGAGUCUAAGCUGUUAUCCAGCAGCAUCGACAUGCUAAAGUUGCGCAGUAUGUUCUCAGGUAUCAGGAACAAAAAACUUACUUCUAGAAAGUUUCAUCAUCAAGUGUUUGACCUUUUGAAUACAAACUCUCUGAAGAAAAUAUACACCAUCAAUGCUUAA